AUGGAAGUGGAGAACCAGACUCAGGUCACCAAGUUCAUUCUUGUGGGAUUCCCUGGGAGCUGGGCCAUGCGAGUAGCAGUGUUCCUGAUGUUCCUCAUCGCCUAUGCUCUGACAGUGGCUGAAAAUAUGGUCAUCAUCUUGUUGGUGCAACAGAACCGGCCACUGCACAAGCCUAUGUACUUCUUCCUGGCCAACCUGUCUUUCCUGGAGACCUGGUACAUCUCCGUGACGGUACCUAAGUUGCUAUUUAGUUUUUGGUCUGUGAGCAAUAGUAUCUCCUUCACUCACUGCAUGAUACAACUGUACUUCUUCAUUGCGCUCAUGUGCACAGAAUGUGUGCUCCUUGCGGCCAUGGCCUAUGACCGUUAUGUGGCCAUCUGCCGUCCACUCCACUACCCCACGAUUAUGAGCCAUAGGCUCUGCUUCCACUUGGCUCUUGGCUCCUGGGCCAUUGGCUUUGGCAUCUCCUUGGCUAAGAUCUAUUUCAUCUCCCGCCUCAGUUUCUGUGGCCCCAAUGUCAUCAAUCACUUCUUCUGUGACAUCUCUCCAGUUCUUAACCUCUCCUGCACAGACAUGUCUGUAGCUGAGCUGGUGGACUUUGUCCUGGCACUGGUCAUCUUUCUCAUCCCCCUCUCUAUCACCGUCCUGUCCUAUGGAUGCAUCCUGGUUACCGUUCUACGCAUGCCCACCGGAAAGCAGAAAGCAUUCUCUACCUGUGCCUCCCACCUCGUGGUGGUAACCAUCUUUUAUUCGGCCACUAUUUUCAUGUAUGCCAGGCCCCGAGCCAUCCAUGCCUUCAACAUGAACAAAGUAAUUUCCAUCUUCUAUGCCAUUGUCACCCCUGCUCUCAACCCUUUCAUUUAUUGCCUAAGGAACAGAGAGGUCAAAGAGGCUCUGAAGAAACUGGCCUAUUGCCAGGCUAUCCGGUUGGACUAG